AUGCAUCUUCGCCCAGACCAUGCGAUCAGGGACCUUCCGACCCUCCACGCCUUCAUCAAACAACACCCUCUCGGCGUCCUCACCACCUCCCUUCCCUCAGAAAACCACCCCACCCUUCAAUGCAGCCACAUUCCUUGGGUCCUAGACAGUGAAGUCUCAGAUUUCGCCAGGAAAAAUGAAGCCGGCGCGCCACCACAUUCAUUAGGCACUAUGCGCGGCCAUAUCGCCCGCCAAAAUCCACAAGCCAAAGCGAUGGUCGAGGCCUCGGAGAGUCCCAAAACAAGCAGUAUCCCAGGGGCAUUCCCAACUGACGAGACCCCGGCCACGAACCCAGAACCCGUUGGCCAUAUCCUCCCCGGCGAAGUCUUGAUCGUCUUCACAAGCCCAGUCGAUCACUACAUCACACCUAAUUUCUACCCCGAGACAAAACCAGCAGGGCGUGUCGCGCCAACAUGGAAUUACGCUGCUGUACAAGUCUACGGUCGCGCAACAAUCUACCACGACACUAAAGACCCACAAACGGAAAUUUUCCUGCGACAGCAGCUUAGCGAUCUAGCAAAGCUGGGCGAGGAGGGUAUUAUGGGGUUCCAAGAAAAUGCUUCUGGCUCGGGUUCGGGUUCUCAAACCGGGAGCAUGGACUCUGGGGAUGGGGUGAAUCAGGGGAAGGACACUAGCGGUAGCGGUAGCGGCACGGCAUCGCCGACGCCUUGGAAAAUCGCCGAUGCGCCACUGGAGUACAUUGCUACUUUGUUGAAGAAUCUCGUCGGUAUGCGCAUUGACAUUACCCGAAUCGAGGGUCGUUUUAAGGUUAGUCAGGAGAAGGGGGUUAAGGAUCGCGGUGGGGUUGUUGAGGGAUUGGAGGGAAUGGGGUCCGCGUCGGCGAAGGAUAUGGCGGAGUUUGUUAGGAGGGGGAGGGGUUUGGCUUAG